AUGUCACUGAUUGAAUGGCAAAGUCUAUUCGAGGAUGUGUUUGAAAGCUAUCCUGACAAAUGGGCAUUACGUUGUGUGUAUAGACAUGAUAGCAGUCAAAAUCGGCGACUGCAAAAUAAACGCGUCAUGGACCGAACUGGAUAUGCCAGAUUUCAUUGCCCAAAAUGUUCAAAUGGAUGGGCAUCAGCAAAAGCCAAAAUUACCUUAUAUUAUCCUAAUUAUGAUGAACCAAUAGGAACAGCUCUACUACGAUUUUAUGGACAAAAAUGUAAAAAAUGUGACGGAAGAAAACUCAGUUUUGCAGAUCCAGAAUUCGAAGUUGACUGGAUAAAUUUAACUCUAGAAAAACUGUACGAAAGCAUUGGUUGCUGCUUUUAUGGCAAACAACGACCAGAAAAACCAAAAAACGACUACAAUAAAGUUAUCAAUAUUGAAGGUCCUCAUGAAAGUAAAUUAUGUGAGGCUUGCCAAUUAGGUCGUUGUGAUCAAAUGCUGAGAAACAAGAAAAAUAAAACUUAA